AUGGGCGGAGUAGAUCGCCACGAUCAACUCCGCCUACAGCGCUAUUCAAUCCAGCUUACUGUGGCCUUCAAAAAACUGCGAAACAAUGAGGGAAAAUACAAAGGCAAGAAGCGAAAGAAAACCAGAGAUGGAUCAACCGCCAGUAACCUCCAGCGUAAAGGGAAGAAGCGUAAGGGCAAGCGCCGCCAGCACUUGUGCAAAGUUUGCUCAGCCUUGGCAACUCCCCAGACAAAGAGCUUCGAAACCAGUUACUACUGCGAGCAGUGCACAUCAAACUUCGGUGGCUACGUGCCUCUAUGUAACAAGGUUCGCCACAAGGAAACCGGCAACACGCUCACAUGCGGCCAAAUAUCGCACGAAUUGUGGCGCAACGGCACUGCCAUCCCUGCUCACCUCAAGAAUCGUAUUCGCUUCCGCAAGCGAAAGCACUUCGAGGUUUCGAGCGACAGCGACGACGGCGGCAGCGACGCGAAUGAGGAUUGA